ACAAGCCGUGGCCCCGGUGGAUUUAAAACGAGGCAUGCGCAAAUAUGCAAUUGUGGAGACCAGUGAAAUUACUAUAUAACCUGCAGUCCUUUCGAUUUGAAUAGUAUCUAUGCCCGCGAUAAGAGCAACAGACGGCUCUCUGUGGAUCUAAUUGUCAUCCUCUUCAGUCGUCUAUGUGAGACAAACAGGAUGGGCUGUUCCACGAGUACCCAGACCACAGCGCAGGACAGCGCCAGACAGCCCAGCUUUAAACCCGAGGAAAGCAAUGGAACCAGCACCACAGGGGCGGCUGAUGAGAACGGUACGGUUGUGGAGGACAGUGAGACCAUCCCAGAUCACACAGUGGCCGUAGCAGCUACCACCACAGGAUGGGAGGACCAGUCUGCUCCGGCUGCAGCCCAAGCGGAGGCCCCAGCAGACACCACAGCCCCAUCCCCAGCCCCUGCAGCCCAGGCCCCAGGAGACACCACAGCCCCAUCCCCAGCCCCUGCAGCCCAGGCCCCAGGAGACACCACAGCCCCAUCCCCAGCUCCUGCAGCAUCCACUUCCCCCGAGCAGCCAGCCAGCUCUCCAGAGCCUCCCCCUGCAGCCCAGGACCCAGCUGAGACCACAGCAGAACCCACGCCAGCUGCAACCAGCCCCUAGUCAGGGAAAUGAUGCCGGUCUUCCCAUUGUUUCGGAUGAAGAAUCUGCAUGAAUGUCCUAAUGUCCUAAUGUCCUAAUUUGAAAGUGAGAGAGGAUGAGAAGUUUAAUAUAUACACAGUACUUGCCUGUUGCCAAGCUGCAGACCAGCUGAUCUCUGUGACCAGGAUCAAUCAGUCAUCCCUGUGUCUGUUUCCUCUGUAAAUACUGUACUUCCUGUGCAUUUAGUUGUGUUAUUAGCAUUGUUUUUAAAACAUUCAUUAGACAAUUGCUUCAGAGUAACUUAUAAAUGCUUAUU